AUGUCUCCGCACAAAAACCGGCGAAACAAGAAGAACUAUUUGCUAUCCUGCCUGACGCCUUUUAAGCGGUCAGACCUGAUAGUUGCCGCGAUUGUCAAGGGAGAAACAAGAAUGAGUCGGCAAAUAUUUACAGAUGAGGAACUUAGGGAUUGGGAGUCGCGGUGCAGGCAAGGUGGAUAUUGGCUCCAUCGUUCUGAAUUUGCCAGAGAUGCCCAGUCGAAAUCUCUACUUAGCUGGGAUUGGCGACAAUUAAGAGCUGGCGUUAGCGACUUAGCCAUGAGUUGCUGCUAUCUUAAACGGGACCACCCCAGCAUCAAUCGGUAG